AUGAUGAUGAUGAUGAUGAUGAUGAUGAUGAUGAUGAUGAUGAUGAUGAUGAUGAUGAUGAUGAUGAUGAUGAUGAUGAUGAUGAUGAUGAUGAUGAUGAUGAUGAUGAUGAUGAUGAUGAUGAUGAUGAUGAUGAUGAUGAUGAUGAUGAUGAUGAUGAUGAUGAUGAUGAUGAUGAUGAUGAUGAUGAUGAUGAUGAUGAUGAUGAUGAUGAUGAUGAUGAUGAUGAUGAUGAUGAUGAUGAUGAUGAUGAUGAUGAUGAUGAUGAUGAUGAUGAUGAUGAUGAUGAUGAUGAUGAUGAUGAUGAUGAUGAUGAUGAUGAUGAUGAUGAUGAUGAUGAUGAUGAUGAUGAUGAUGAUGAUGAUGAUGAUGAUGAUGAUGAUGAUGAUGAUGAUGAUGAUGAUGAUGAUGAUGAUGAUGAUGAUGAUGAUGAUGAUGAUGAUGAUGAUGAUGAUGAUGAUGAUGAUGAUGAUGAUGAUGAUGAUGAUGAUGAUGAUGAUGAUGAUGAUGAUGAUGAUGAUGAUGAUGAUGAUGAUGAUGAUGAUGAUGAUGAUGAUAUAG